AGAACGAAGACAUAUACACAUUGCAUUCAUUUUGGUUCCUUUGCGGCUUCUCCUCUUUCUCACUGCACCCAUUGCUGCUUUGAAGUUGGAACCAUGCCGAAGCAAAUACAUGAGAUAAAGGAUUUCCUUCUAACAGCAAGAAGGAAGGACGCAAGGUCAGUGAAGAUAAAGAGGAGCAGAGAUGUUGUUAAGUUCAAGGUCAGGUGCUCCAAGUACCUCUACACUCUCUGUGUCUUUGAUCCUGAAAAAGCUGAUAAAUUGAAGCAAUCUCUCCCUCCUGGUUUGAGUGUGCAAGACCUGUAAAGGUGUUGAACAAGUGUUUGUUUGAGAGGCUUUUGAUGUUUGUUUUCAUUAUAUUCUGAUAAACAUUGGGAUAUUUGUGAGUUAGUUGGUCUUCCUAUUUAGAUAGUCGUCCUAUAUAAGAAUAGAACAUGGUUGUUUACUUUUUUUUUUUUUCAUUGUUAUGAAUGCAUAUUGUUUUCUGUCUAAUGGAAGAUGUCUACUCUGUCAAACUAAAUAUGGAGGAAUUCAUAGCCUUUUUCUGAAUUUUUGGCUGGUGUUCUUUUCUCAGUAUAGUUACAAGUUACAACUUACAGGUAUCAAGUUACUAUGCUCAAGAGUGCAAUCAUAUAAAUCUUCUAAGCAAUAGCGCAAAAAUUGAAGUUCACUAAUUGUUGAUUCUCAUUCA